CGGCUACGAAGGAAAGAUCGGAGCUUAAACUCGUAGAUUCUUCCUUUUUGACUGGCUCGUCGCCCGGUGCGGUUGCCGUCUCGUUAAGUUGUUGAAUUUCAAGUGUUCCUUAUAUUUAAGUUUUAUCAACUGUUGCAUUUAUUUAAUUCCAAACAGUCAACAUGGGUAAAGAAAAGACACAUAUUAACAUUGUAGUCAUUGGUCACGUAGAUUCUGGUAAAUCUACCACUACCGGCCAUUUGAUCUACAAAUGUGGUGGUAUCGACAAACGUACCAUCGAAAAAUUCGAAAAGGAAGCCCAGGAAAUGGGUAAAGGUUCCUUCAAAUAUGCUUGGGUAUUGGACAAAUUGAAAGCUGAACGUGAACGUGGUAUCACUAUCGAUAUCGCCCUGUGGAAAUUUGAAACAGCAAAAUACUAUGUCACCAUUAUUGAUGCCCCUGGACACAGAGAUUUCAUCAAAAACAUGAUUACUGGAACAUCUCAAGCUGAUUGUGCUGUACUUAUUGUUGCUGCUGGUACUGGUGAAUUUGAAGCUGGUAUUUCUAAAAAUGGACAAACUAGAGAGCAUGCUUUACUUGCUUUCACCCUUGGAGUAAGACAACUUAUCGUUGGUGUGAACAAAAUAGACUCCACUGAACCACCAUACAGUGAAGCUCGUUAUGAAGAAAUCAAAAAGGAAGUCUCUUCUUACAUUAAGAAAAUUGGUUACAACCCAGCUGCUGUAGCCUUUGUGCCAAUCUCAGGAUGGCAUGGAGACAACAUGUUGGAACCCUCAACCAAAAUGCCAUGGUUCAAAGGAUGGGCUAUUGAACGUAAAGAAGGAAAGGCUGAAGGAAAAACUCUUAUUGAGGCUUUGGACGCUAUUCUCCCACCUUCUCGUCCUACAGACAAACCUCUCCGUCUUCCACUCCAGGAUGUUUACAAAAUUGGAGGUAUUGGAACAGUACCCGUCGGUCGUGUUGAAACUGGUGUCUUGAAACCUGGAAUGGUUGUUGUCUUUGCCCCUGCCAACAUUACAACUGAAGUAAAAUCUGUUGAAAUGCACCACGAAGCUCUUGCAGAAGCUGUACCCGGAGACAAUGUUGGUUUCAACGUAAAGAACGUCUCAGUCAAGGAAUUGCGUCGUGGUUACGUCGCUGGAGAUUCCAAGAACAACCCUCCCAGAGGAGCUGCUGACUUCUUGGCACAAGUUAUUGUACUCAACCACCCUGGACAAAUCUCCAAUGGUUACACCCCUGUACUUGAUUGCCAUACUGCCCACAUUGCUUGCAAAUUCGCGGAAAUUAAAGAAAAGAUCGACCGUCGUUCUGGUAAGACUACUGAAGAAAACCCCAAAGCCAUCAAGUCUGGAGACGCAGCCAUUGUCACAUUAGUACCUACCAAACCGAUGUGCGUAGAAUCCUUCCAGGAAUUCCCUCCUCUUGGACGAUUCGCCGUGCGUGACAUGAGGCAGACUGUUGCUGUAGGUGUCAUCAAGCAAGUUAACUUCAAAGACGCUGGUGCCGGCAAAGUUACGAAAGCCGCAGAAAAAGCUGCUAAGACCAAGAAGUAGUCUCGGAAGAUUUUUUAUAAUUAUUCAAUUUUUAUUAAAGUGUUUAAUAUUUUUAAUUUAAAAUGACUUGUGAUUACAGUUUUUCUUUCAGACCAAUAAAUAAGAUUUCCUAAUA